GCAUGAGGAAACACUUUUUGUGUAAAUCAAAUUAAAGGGUGAUUUAUUGAAGGUCCAUACAACCUAAAACAUAGCGGAACCUUUGUUCGCCUGCGCCAAAGCUGACACACGGAAGGAUAUGUACGACGGACAAGCAUGGGUACCCGAGUUGGUGCGCGUCAGGUUCUCCGGUGGACGAUAAGAAAUGCCUCUUCUGAUGUCAGUCCGCCUCAGUUUUGGAGAUGCUACCUCCAGCCUCUGUGCACCGGGUGCAGGUUGUUGUGCUCCUCCACCAGCCUCCACCAUGAACUCAGUACUCCAUCCAAGAAGCCAAACACAGAGCUGUCCCUGCGCAUUUUCCUUGAUAUGGGAUUCACAGACGCCCAGGCAGAGCAGCUCCAUGACACCGUGUCCAAACUGAGAGGAGGAAGUGCUGCCAAACAUGUUCUGUCAACUCUCACUGUUCUGUUCGUCCUGGGCCUCAAUCCAUCCAGUGUGCUCAAGCUGCUGGACAAAUGUCCUGAACUGUACAUCGUCAAGGAACCACAGCUUCAGCAGCGGAUAGACAACCUGCGGAAACUGGGUCUGGGUGAAGGCAGUAUUCAGAGAGUGGUGGCCUAUUACCCUCAGAUCCUGACCGUGCCUGUGAAGACAGUAAAAGCUGCAGUGGGCUUCCUCAGGGAGAAGUGUCUGUUUACUGGCCAGCAGGUCACGGACAUCCUCAGAGACAGUCCAGCCGUACUCACCGAGAACCGGGGUCAGCUGGAGUACAAGUUUCAGUACGUCUACUUCCGAAUGGGUGUCAAACAGGCAGAGAUGGUGAAGUCCAGGUUGUUCCGCUUCACUCUGGACGAGGUGCGCCACCGGCACAGUUUUCUGGAGCGCCGGGGCCUGUAUCAAACCCCGGACAAGAAAGGACAGACCGUCAUCCUCAACCCCAAACUGGACAGCAUCCUCAGCGUCGACCAGGACACUUUCCUCACAGAUGUUGCCAUGGCGUCAGCAGAGGAGUACGAUGUUUUUAAGAGACUGAUGGCAAGGGAAUGGCGUGAACAGGAGCAGGAGGGGGGCAGGAUUGAAGCUGAUAGUGAUGAGGAGGAGGAGGCGGAUGAGGAUGAUGACGAAGAGGAGGAGACUGGAGGAAGAAGUGCAUACAGGAAGAGGAGAAAAAAAUGACAAUGGCGGAGGGACUGAGAGGAAAAUGACGUACCUACUGAUGAAAAAUCAAGCGUCUAGCGUUAAGUCUUUGUUGAACUCGAGUACGUCAUUAGGUGUCACAGGAAAUUCUUAUCUAAAACACACAUUCAAACGUGACAUUGUGGUAUUUAUAUGUAGCUUGUUCUCUAUUGAUAGCAGCUGGGUGUACCCUCUGGUUUGAAGUUGAUUUAUGUGUUUAUCUAAGCGGCCACAAGGACGCGAGAUCAUCAGUGUGUGUUUAUGCUGAAAUGUGAGGUCUGUAUAUAUAAAUGGAUUACAACGAGCACAAUAAAAAAGUUCUCCCAUACAUUCAA